AACCAGAACCAGGCCCGGCAGAUGCCUUUCAGGACCUGCUCCAGUUCUUUCUGCAUCUUUCCCUCUGAGCCUGACAUGCCCAUCGACAUGACCAUCCCUCUCUACCUGKCCAAGGAGGACUUCGUCUUCACCUCCAAACUCCAACCGUCGGCUCGGAACUCCUGCCUCAGGUUUCAGUCCUCAGACUUGGUGGACCAGCCUGAACCUGAGGAUGGAGAAGUCACGCAGAAAAGGAAGAAGCACGUGAUGUUUGCCGACACCAAAGGUCUAAGUCUGACCAGGGUCAAGGUCUUCUCGAAGUUCACGGACCCCAUCGAAAUCCCCGUGAAUAUCCAGGAGAUGCUGAGCUCCAAACUUACGCUGUCGUACAGCGAUUAGGACAAACUGGUGCUGGACUUCCCUCAGCCCUCCUCAGACUACCUUCAGUUCCACCAGAACCUGGAGAAGAACCUGGUGAGCCUGGAGCACUGCGUCGUGAAGAAGAAGGCCAUGGCACAAAAAGGGAUUAAAUGGAGUUUUUACCCACCAUCUGGAUCACAUUGUGGUGGGGUUUGGGAGCGCCUCAUCCGAAUGAUCAGAAAGGUUCUGCACUCAGUGCUCCGUCAACAAAUGUUGGAUGAUGAAGGAUUCCACACUGUACUUUGUGAAGCAGAGGCAAUACUUAACGAUCGUCCCAUCACAAAGUUAUCGGAGGACCCUAACGACCUUGAGGCUUUAACACCCAACCACUUGCUACUCAUGAAGGGAAAACCAGCUCUCCCGCCAGGACUCUUUGACAAAAGGGAUCUUUAUGCCAAAAGAAGGUGGAAACAAAUCCAAUAUAUUUCAGAUCUCUUUUGGAAGCGUUGGAUUCGAGAAUAUCUACCAUUGUUACAAGAAAGACAAAAAUGGAUAAAGAAAAGGAGAUGUUUCAUUCCUGGAGAUGUGGUGG